CUAGCGCUGUUCGAGUCUGAACGCAAACCAUCGAAUUUCAACGAACAAGCAGGUAAAAAGCCUAGAGAAAUGGCUUCUGGUCAAAAUUUAGGAACGGAAGACGUAACAGUUGACCGCUUCUCUUGGUUUUCAGAACAUCCUAAGUACCAUGAAAUGCUGUCAUGGGGAUUUGAAGACUCGUCACAAAUAAUUUCAACACUUCUGGUCUACUUGGAUCUGUGUGAAGGCAAGAACUGGUGGCACAUGGAGAUUCAUCCCUGUUGGCCUCUACACAUGGCCUACAUCACAGGCAGAGCCUUCAAGAAGGAUGACAUCACAGCAGUCUUACCUCUGCAAGCCAAGGCUACUCUAUCACCAUCAAGCUUGAGAACUUUCCUUACAACCCUUGAUCCUGAGCAUUCCAGUCUCCAGAGCUCCUUCAAGACUCCCUCAAAGGCAGUCAUCCCAGAAGAGCAUCGAGCCAAGAGGGCAAUCACUCUGGCCAUCACUGAUUCCGAUUCAACCAUAGUCUACUAUAAGAUCAGCGACGGCCUGGUGCCUCCGGAUAGUGGUCCUAAGAUUCCUACAGAGGACGGGAGUGAUGAUGGGGGCAAGGAGGAGGGAAGGGGUAAGGGAAGGGGAAGGGGUAAAGGGAGGGGGAAGGGUGUGAAGAGAAAGGCUGGUCAUGGUGCAGUAAGCUGAACAAAAAGUACUUUAAAAAGAAUGUUGGAAGCUUCUCAAAGCAACACUGAAGGUAUGCCAGGUGACCAGCCAAAGGCUGGGAUAUUGUGCACUCACGAUCACGCACAAAAAGCGAUGAGCUAAAGGUAGUAUUCAGUACUCAUUUAUUGUGUGAAAUCAAAAUGUGCAUUGAUGUGAUCAGUACACAUCUAUGGUUGAGGAUGUUGCCAUAAGAGGAAAUGAGCAAGGAGAGUGUGCAGUACUCUGUUCGGAUAUGGAAGAUGGGAAGAACGCAUGAGAUGCAUAUUCAUGAAAGUUUAUGCAUAUUCAUUCAGUUUAUGCAUUUUCAUGCAGUUUAUGCAUUUUUAUGCAAGUUUAUAUAUUCAUGCAAGUUUAUGCAUAUUAACGUUAGUUUAUGCAUAUUUUCACAUCAAUUGUAAUUAUUUUUCUCUCAAUGUAGUGCAAUUAUUAUUUUUAAAUUUUUUUUUAAAAAUUGUGCCAGAGGCAUUACGUUUUCAGGUUGUCCGUCCAUUUGUCCCUUGACCUAAAUAUCCCAAAAUCUAAUUGGUUUGUUUCCCUUUUGUGAUACAUACAAUGAACCAGUACAAGUUUGAAUUUUUCAUGCAAAUGGUUAUUGGAAUAUAGCAGUGAUGGUGUUUAAGUAAACUAGAAAUGAUAAUGAUAGUAAUAGUAACGUUCAGAUAGCACUUACUACUGAUGUUUCAAAGCGCUAAUCCACUCAAUGAAACUGAUAUUGCAUGAUACAUCAUAAUGCACACCUAUUCUCAGGUUGUGCAUAUCAAAGGUCAUCUCUCUUUUUAUGCAUGUUUAGAAAAGAUGCAUAUUAAAAUGAUCAGAGUUCUGUUGUCCUUUUGACCUAAUCCAAGUGUGAAUACACAGUAAAAGAAAAUAAAUCUGAUGUAUCAUAUAUAUAUAUAUAUAUAUAUAUACUUAGUUUAUUGUUUGAGGGAGGUAAGCUUAGCCAUUAUGUCACAUCCAUUCCCUUUUCCUGGUUUAUAUUGGAUCUGAUGCGAUCUUGGAAGCAUUCUUUACAAUCUCUCUUUGGUGUUCCAUGCGAAGAUUAAGUAAAGAUUGGUACGAGGCUUUUCCAUUGUAAUAAUCUUUCCUUAGAUAUAUAUAUUGUUGGAAUCUUAAUUCACACUAUAGCCAGACACUCUGUCUUGCUCAGUUUUUGACAAGGCUCUUGACACAAAUGCCGAGACGCAAGGAUGACAUGGUGUCCGUGUUAGGCGAUCAAGAUUUUUCUUUGAAAGAUCUUCCACUAUCACAAUACCAGAACCUUUCAUUACACAAAAUAAAAUCAAGAUAGAUUUAGUCUUUGAUCUGAGCCAUAAUAGAAACUAUUAAUUAUACUAGUUUCUCACUGGUUUGCUGAAUGUGUCUUUUCUCUUUGAAGAAGUUUUCUUUCAUCGUUAUUGUCAAAUUAUGCCACUUCUUCUUUAUCUCCUCGACAUCCUCUUCACUAAUGGGUUUUCGGGCAUUUAUCUUUUCUGUGAUUGCCUCCCAUGUCCUCUCCUUCAGCUUCGCUGUGACUCCCAAUCCGAAUUUUGGCUUCAAAAUGCUCUCCCUACUCUUGAAUUCCUCUACCAGGAGUAACUUCUCUGAAUGCCUAAAAUUGGCCUUCCUGUGAUUCAUUUUUUCUUUCAUAAUUGCGCAGUCUUGUCAAUCAAUUGAGAUAGCUGGUAAAGUGGUAGAGCAUGCAUAUGCCCGAGGUAAUUUCCUGCCGUGCGAUUUUCCCAACUCCCAAAUUUCCAUAGAAAAAAAGUUGGCGGACUCACUUGAAAUAUUAUGACGUCACAAGAGCUCUUUUUGAUUGACUAACCUCCUCAGCAUAAGUCAGUUCAUCUGUUGCAUCAAUGGAAUUGGGUAUGUGUUGGAUAGCGGUGGUUUUGUAAUCUCCACAAAUGUGGAUCGACCUAUCUCUUUUCACUACCGUAUUCAUAAAGGAGUUCAUUCCCUGCUUCGAUAUCUUUUGACACAAAUAGACAUAGGAGAUGGAUACCUCCGUCUUC